AUGAGGAGGAAGAACAAUAGGAUUGAUGCGUUACUUGUUAAUGGAAGAUUAAUAAAGAAUCAAACUAGAAUUAAGAUUGAGAUUAGGGACUUUUAUAAGAAAUUUUAUCAUCAGGAAGAGUCUCCUUUGGUGGGGUUCAGGGAUGGUCUGGUGGAAAUGAUUGGUGAAGAGGAUGCUUUGGCUUUGGAGGUGCAAUCGACUCCUGAGGAGGUUAGAGAAGCAGUAUGGGACUGUGAAUCUUCUAAGGCACAAGGAAAUGAUGGGUACAACAUGAACUUCAUAAAGAGGUGCUGGAACGAAAUUGGCUCUGAUUUUACGACAACGGUGUUGGAUUUUUUCAUAACGUCUAAGUUACCGGCAGAUGCUAAUCUUACCUGGGUGGCGCUGGCCCCUAAGUUUACUGGGGCUAAGGAAAUCAAAGACCUGAGGCCGAUUAGUAUGGUAGGCUGUGUGUAUAAAGUCAUAUAA